CACCAUUAUAUAAAUACUCUCAAAACCUCUUCUCUGAAUCAACAAAACAACUCAUAAACACGCAACACACAAUCUUAGAAAACAGAGAAAAUCAAGAUGGGAAUGGUUGUGGUGAUUUCUCUUCCUUUGAUCUUCUUCUGCUUUGUUCUUGGCUUUGGUUGUUACUUCUUUGGAAGAGCUAGAGGAAGACGCGAAGUGUUCACCAAUCCUCAAGUUUAUGGUAUGCCAAUUCCACCACCAGGUGCUGCUGCUGCAAAUACUACCUUCCCUGAACCACAUUCCAAACCGAACUUUGCUUCUAAUGUUUGAAUUCAUCUCAAACCAAAUGCAUAGUUUUGAUCUGUGUUACUUUCUUUUUAUAUAUUUAUUUGGGUUUGGUGUAAAUUGGCUGUUGUUGUAUUAAGAGUCCAAUUAUGAUUCUUUAUUUUCGUUUUAUUCUAUUCAUUUGUAUACAGCACUCUUGGUGAAGUUUAAUCAAAUAUUACCUUUCAACUUCUUGAA